AUGUUCCUGAAGAUGUCGCUUGACAUCAGCGCGGAGGACCUGAACGAUAUGCUCCCGUCCCCCGCUUACGCAUAUGGCAACCGCGGUAACACCGGAUGGGCCAUCUCCAUCUCCAUGGACGAGUUCCUGGGCAUUGGUCCAGCAAAGCAAGCGGCCGCGCACGCAACAAUCCAUCCCAUGGAUCACUUCGCGCAAUGGAAGAAGGAGACGGAGGCGUUCACCUUGUGGUGGGACCUCUUCCGGCAGCGUGACAAUGCCAUCGAAGUGUCUGCGUCUGCCGGCACGUUAAUGGAGGAGUCGCACCUCGGUGAUGCUCCAGGCCUGCUGCUCGCGGGCAGCAAAGGAGCCGAUGUGGAGAAUUGUGUCUCGUGCGACGUCCCAUCGACUCUGGGCACAUUGGACGAGAUCGCCGGCCUUCGCGGUUUGGGUGGAGAGGUCGCACCCUGGCUUACCCGGAUGGACUGA